AUGCGCGGGCCGUCCGUGCGGAGCGCCGUCGCGGCGUUCUCGCUCCUGGCUUCGGUCUAUGCACAGGCUACCGCACCCACCCCUGGGCAACCCGCCCGUAACGACGCGCCGCUUGGGGCGUUUGAAAUCGUCGGUGACAGUAUGGUCAGCGCGCAGCAGAUGUUCCUGGGGACGGCGGACAAGGUUUAUAUCAUCGACAAGACAGAGGCAAACCCUGCGACUGUCAAUGGACACCCUGCGUGGGCAUCGGAGUUCUCGGUCAGCAAGAAGGGCGGGCGCACGAUGGACAUCGUUACCAACACUUUCUGUGCGGGUGGUGGUGUGCUGGCAAACGGGACGUGGAUCAACGUCGGCGGAAACAUGGCUGUUACCACUGGCGGUGCGACCGCCGACAGCGAAGUUACCGGUGGCCAGCCGUACCAGGACCCGGAUGGUGGACAGUCCAUGCGUAUGCUGACCCCAUGUGACGAUGGUAACUGCGAGUGGGCUCUUUUCGGGAAGAUGACCACGAGGCGGUGGUACCCCACACUCGAAACGCUUGACGACGGUUCCAUCAUCAUCAUUGGCGGCGCAGAGUGGGGUGGAUUCGUCAACGACGCGAACCAGAACAACCCGACAUAUGAGCUCUUCCCGGACAAGAACGGCCUCGGGCUCGUCAAGUUAGACAUCCUGGAAAACACGCUUCCUGCGAACUUGUACCCGUUGACUUGGCUCCUGCCUUCGGGGAAGCUGCUGAUCCAGUCGAACUGGAAGACCUCCUUCCUCGACUACAAGAACCAGAAGGAGACGCCGAUCAACGACAUGAUUGAGGCCGUCCGUGUAUACCCCGCCAGUGGUGGUACGGCGAUGCUGCCGUUGACUCCAGCGAACGGGUACACGGCCACGAUCCUGUUCUGCGGAGGGAACGACCUGCAGCCCGACAGGUGGACCACCGACUGGGACAUUGCACAGUACAAGGCGUCCACGUCUUGCGUGAGCAUCACCCCCGAUGUGUCCACUACCUACCAGAAGGAAGACCCCCUUCCCGAGGGCCGUUCUAUGGGUAACCUCAUACUCCUUCCUAACGGCAAGAUCCUCUGCUUGAAUGGCGCGGAGACUGGUGUCGCUGGGUACGGUCCCCAGGACUGGGCGGUCGGCGAGUCAUAUGCAGACAACUCGGUGCUCACGCCCGUUGUAUAUGACCCCACUGCGGCUGCGGGUUCUCGGUGGUCACGCGAGGGUCUGACUGCGAGCACAAUUCCGCGGAUGUACCACUCCACCGCGACGCUCCUCCCCGACGGCUCGGUCUUGGUCUCCGGCUCGAACCCGCACGCGGACUACACCGUGGACAACGUCAAGUACAAGACCGAGUACCGCGUGGAGUACUUCUACCCCUCGUACUACAACUCGCGUCGGCCUCAGCCGCAGGGCCUGGUCGAGCAGCUGUCGUACGGCGGCCCGUACUUCAACGUGACCCUCGCGAAGGAGGACCUUGCCGGCGAUGUGAACAACGUCAAGGAGGCGACGGUUAUUCUGCUUCGAACCGGGUUCUCCACUCACACGAUGAACAUGGGCCAGCGGUUCUUGCAGCUCAACUCUACGUACACGGGCAACUCCGACGGCAGCGCGGUCCUUCACGUUAGCCAAGUUCCGCCAAACGCUGCGCUCUUCGCACCCGGCCCCGCCCUGCUUUUCGUCGUCGUCAACGGUGUGCCCUCCGUCGGUGUGCAUGUGAUGGUCGGCUCAGGCCAGGUCGGGGAGCAGCCGACCAACAACGAAGUACCCCUUCCCCCGCCGAGCGUCGCCGCCCAGGCAGACGACGGCCAGAGCAGCGGCUCGUCGUCGCAGCACACCACCGGCAGCCAGGGCCACGACAACGCCGCGAUGCGCCCGUCGCUCCAAUCCUUCACCGCUCUCCUCGUCUCGGGUCUGCUCUCCGUCUCGCUGUUUGCGGCCCUCCUCUAGGGGGCGGAGGACUGAUAUGGACACUGAUUCAACACGGACUGGACAACACGGACUCCGCAUGAACCUACCUCACCAGCAUCAUUUACUCACGCACAGACCAUACAUCCCGGUACAGUUCAUUACUGCUGGUACCCCAUACCCCUUCGAGUCGACAAAGCCGCAUCUGGCGGCAGAGCACUUACAUCUACUGCAUAUCACCUUUAUAACCCCUGCC